CAUGCGUGGACCUCUUGCAAUCUAAGGAUAUUCAAGGAAAUACAAUUUUUGUGGAGCUUAUGCAAGGUUAUUAUGACCUGACUUCAACCUUGACCUUUGCACAUGCCAUAAAUCGUACAGCAGUUUUUCGUGCUUUUCAAGGCCAGGAGGUACAUUUGACAGGUGGAAGACAUAUCCUUAGUGAUCAUUUCAAGCAUGUGACUGACACAAAAGUACAGCAGCGGCUGCAUGAAGUGGCCCGUACCAAGGUCCUGGAAUUGGACCUGAUGGCUGUUGGAAUCACCAAUCUUGGAUCACUGACCACCUAUGGGUUUGGCCACACAACAUGGACUGCACCUUUGGAACUCUUCAUUAAUGGCAAACCAUUACGACUUGCCCAGUGGCCCAAUGAAAAAUUCAUCAACAUCUUAUCCGUGCCUGAUGGAGAGAAAAGGUCGUCGUUUCACAUAUAAUGCAGGUGGUAGAGAUGUGGCCUGGACACAGGAGACUGAGCCAUGGGUCUAUGGUUGGUGGUACUGGAGCUGGGCAGAUGAAUCUUUGCCUGUAGCUCAUUGAU